AUGGAGCAACAAGAAGCGUGGGAUGAAUGUCUACCUUUGGUAGAAUUCAUGUAUAAUAAUAGUUAUCAAGCAAGCAUUGGCAUGGCACCAUAUGAAGCAUUAUAUGGAAGAAAGUGUCGAACUCCUAUAUGUUGGUACAAAGUGGGAGGACAAUUCUUUUCAUCUAUUACUGGAGUUGGUAGGGCAUUAAAGUCCCAAAAGUUAUCUCUUAAAUUCAUUGGACCAUUCGAAGUUCUGAGUAGAGUUGGUCCUGUGGCUUAUCAUAUUGCCUUACCUCCAAAUCUGUCUAAUUUGCAUCCUGUAUUCCAUGUGUCUCAAUUGAGAAAAUAUAUUCUAGACCCUUCUCAUGUGAUUAAACUUGAUCCUGUCCAAGUUCAAGAGAAUUUGUCAUAUGAAGUUAUUCUUGUGAAGAUUGUUGAUCGUCAAGUCAAGCAGCUAAGGGGUAAAGAUAUCUCUUUGGUAAAGGUGAUCUAG